AUGCGUCAGCUCAAAGAAUCUUUUGAUCUUGCGGAGCGCUCAGGCACAUUUGGUGGAAGUGUGGAGCUGGCAAAUCAUGUUGAGUGCGAACAGUGGCGGGACUUAAAAGUAAGAAAAGCAAAUGCAUGUUAUGUUCCAAACGGACGCAGGGCCGUUGUCUAUCAGUUCUCUGAUGCAGUGCUUAAUGUUCCUGGUGAGUUUGAUGAAUUUUGGUUAAAAAAAGUUGGCUUUGUUUGGCUGACACAGAGCUGGAAAUGCUGA